CUAAAGAUUUAAUUGUGCGCUGAAAAAUAAAGUUCUUCGUAAAGAAGCUCCGCUGUGUGUCGGGCUACGUCGAAUUCAUUCCUUGCAAAGCUUGUCAAAUGUUCCGCUAACAAGUUCUACAUCAAAUUAGACCGCUAGGGAUUUGAGGAACUGUAGUUCGUCAUUCUGGCCUUCAGAACUACAAGCCCCAAACAACAGCCGCCGCUCGCGCAUGCGUGGCGUGGUGAAAAGCCACCAUUUUGGAACGUGGAGGUUUGGGAUGCUUCAUGAUGAGCGUAAGCCAAAAUACCUUGAAAGUCAGGAUGUGUCAUCAACUGAGCCCUCUUCUAAAAGGAUGAAAUCAGCAAAAGAGCCUUACGGUAAAUCUUACGAUGGAUUGCAAAGACUUCAUGAAGAAAUACAUAUUAAAAAAAUCCAUAGUGGGUUUAUUCCUUUGUCCCUUUCAGAUGAUGAUGAAGAUACACAGGAAAAAGAACAUGCAGAAGUAAAGGAAUUAUCUGGUACAAAACCAGCGUCAUCACAGCCUUCAUAUUCAGUAACCAAUACUGAGAUUUCAGAAAAUAAAAGUACUUUCUUUCCUUCCAGUGCCGAUAUAGUUCAUAACAGAGAAGGUAAUGCCUUCAUCAGAGAAAAUAAUGAAGGAGAAACUGAAUUAUAUAGCACAAGCAAAGCAUUUAUUGGACCCAUUUAUAAAAGUGAAGCUGAUCGCCUACGUGAUCAAAGGAAAAAGAGAGUAAUAACACCAAAACAGGCUCUCCCCCUUGAUGUACCAAAAAUAGAAGAUGAACUUUCCCAGUUUUAUAAUGAAAUUGAUCAGCUCGAAAGUGAUGAAAGUCAUUUCGAUGGUCGCUUACAGGGGACAGAAAUAAAUUUACACGGGCAACCUGUGGAAUAUAGUAAAUUGAAUCAAAUGGUUUGUGUAAACUCUCAAGAAUGGCCCUAUAGAACAUCACCUGGUGGUGGUGGUCAGUGUUUUUAUAAUGAAUCAAGUGAUCAUAGAGCAGACAGGGAACAGUAUCCCUACAAUGACCCAACAGGUCAUAGAAGUGACAGUGGACAAUGUUGUAACAAUGAAACAGAACUAUGGGAAGCUGGACAACUAUGUAAUAAACAGGAAGGUUCUAGAUUCUGGAAUGAUUCUGUGCCUCAAUUUAGGCCUAGUUGGCAACACACACAUCCAUUUAUAAUACCUUAUGGCCCAUUGCCUCCUCAAUUUGCUGCUCGUUUUAAUUUUCAAGAAACUAAUUCCUCAUCACUUCAUUCAGGUACUUUCCAUCCCUUAAAUGUGGGACCAUUUAAAAACAUGAGCAGUUCAACGUCUGAUCAAAAUAAUGAGUAUGCUAAUCAUUUUGAUAUUCAUAGUACACAGCCCAACAGAAAUGGAUGUAGUGUCCCUAAUGGACACAUGGGUAAUGGUUUCUGUGAAACUCGACCAUGUUGGAAAGAUAUUAAAACAUACCCAGUUGAAGGAUCAAGCAAUAUUUCUCAGAGGUUUCCAGAGGGCAAGUUAUGCGAAUCACAAAAACUACUUCUAAUUUUGAGGGGUCUUCCAGGCUCAGGGAAGACAACAUUAUCUCGCAUUCUGCUUGGUCAGAGUCGUGAUGGCAUUGUAUUCAGCACAGAUGAUUACUUUCGUCAGAACAAUGGAUGUUGGUCAUAUAAUGUUGGUCAGCUUGGUGCUGCUCAUGAUUGGAACCAGAAGAGAGCAAAACAAGCAAUGGAUCAAGGAAGAUCUCCAAUUAUAAUAGACAACACUAAUACGCAAGCCUGGGAAAUGAAGCCUUAUGUAGAAGCGGCUCUAGAAAAAGGGUACGGAGUAGAAUUCCAUGAACCAAACACAUGGUGGAAGUUUGACCCUGAAGAAUUAGAAAAGAGGAAUGAACAUGGGGUCAGUCGUGAGAAGAUUGUUCAAAUGUUGGAAAGAUAUGAAUAUCAAAUGUCAAUACCCAUUAUCAUGAAUUCAGUGCUGCCUUUUCACAAAACAUCACAAUGGCCACCUCCACAAAGAAGGCAGAGGGAAUCUGUUGUAAAGAAGAAGCACAGGUUGCACAAGAUGAGACAAAGGAGGAAACGAAAGAGGAACAGAAAAACGAAGGGUGCCACUAUGAAAACUAUGGGAGAAAGGUCAGAUGGACAUUUUACUCCAAGUGAUGAGGACUCAUCCCACAGCGGACAAGAAGAUUCAGAAGACAAUAGAAAACCAGCAUUUGUGACUGGGCAUCUGAAUGAGCCAAAAGAAGUUGGUGAGAGUGGCUCUGCCAGUGAUAACAGUCUAACAUGUUCCGAGUUGAAAAAAGAAAGCUUCCUUGUUUCUGAUAUGGUGGAUCCAGUGCUGGCCCAUUCACUGAAAAUGGACAUUCUUGCAGGAGACACUAGUCAGCCUCUAAUGCAUUUGCCACCUGUUCCAAAUGAGAGCAGAACUGAAGGAUCAUUCAGUGAUAAUUAUCCAAAUGAAAUUAAAAGUGUAAAUGGUUUGGAGUGUGAUAAUCAAUGUUCUUCUCUAAAAUUGGACCACAGUGGUACAGAAAAUAGUACCAAAAUACUGACAAGCAUGGAAGACAAAGCUACAUCUGCUGAAGUCAUACCUGAAUCUGGCCUAGAAAGGAAACUAUUAAGUGAUGAGGAAAAAAUGGCCAUUCCUCAUCAGCCUGGGUCAUCAAAAAUGAAUAAGGGAAAUACCUGGGCUUUCUUUUCUUUUGACUUGGCUGACACACAGCCCCAGACCAACAUAGGUGAAAAUGAUUCCUUUGUGACUUGGCCUGGGGGCGCAUCUAAGGUCAUGUAUGAGCAAAGACCAAAGAAGGGAAGGAGGCCCAAGCAGGGCUUUUCAGAAAUGACAGCAGUAUUAAUUGAUUAUCAGUCUAAUAAGGAAUUAGUGAAAGAAAGAGACAGAGAAGUGUUACAUGGUAAUAACGGUAUAACAGAUUGUGCUCUAAUAGUGCCACUAACUGAGAACAUCCAUAAGAUGCCAUGCAUUGAGAUGGUAGACUUUACCACAGACUCAGGAACUAAAGCUGGUGAUCCAAAUUAUGUAAGUGUAUUAACUUCACCAACGAAAAAAGGAAGAUGCAAAAGGAUCUACAAGUUGGCCCCUAACUUUGAUAUACCCAGACAGAUUCCAGUUAGAAAAGAUGAGAAAGUGCUGAGGGAUGCAGAUGUAUUGGUGGAACAAGAGGACACUUCAUAUGAAGAGACUAGAGAAAAGAACAAGCAAAGCCUUUGCUGCUACGAAUGUCCAGAGCCUUCUACAUAUGAUGUAAUAAUAGAAUCUUCUCCUUAUCUUGACUUAGAACCUCUCUUACAUAAAUAUUCCAGCCAACUUGUAGAGGUAUCUAUGGACUCCUCAACAAAUGUAGCUGCUCUUCCAAUUCAGAUAUGUACUUAUGCUUCCUGUAAAGCUUCCUUGCCUAGUGAACAACAAACUGUUGCUUUCAAUCAAGCUGUGGAAGCUAGCACAGAGGGGGGAAAGGAGAAAAUGUCUCCAGGUGUUUCAACUACUCAGCCAGAUAUUUUGUGUUCUGUUAAAGAGUCUGCUGCUGAAAACUCUGAAGAGAUACAACAAAUUAAUGAAACCGAGCAAACAAAGUAUUCCCAAAUCAAAGAUGACCAAGAUCUUUUAAGAAUUAAACCCAAUAUUGGGCUUCCUUUAUCUCUUGGAUUUGCACUUCAACUAGUAGAACAUUUUGGUUCUCCAGGAAUUCCACUGGACACUUUAUUACCAGAUGAUUAUGUAGUUUCCCUUGAUUGGGCCACAUCAAAGGAGAUUUAUUUACAGUGGAAGACAUCUGUGGAGAAGAAACAGAACAAUAUUGUGUCAAAAGAAAACAGUUCCUUACCGGCUGGUGCAGCUAUCCUAGAUGUUUCAAAUAGAGAUGGUCAAGAGAGACAAGAAUCUUCUGAAGACAUCCCAUAAAUGCAUUUGGAAGAAGCAUAAUUGCUUUGACAAUUAAUCCAAGCAUCAGUGGCCUAUUCUGAAUGGUUGUCUAAAAAUUAAAUAUCAACAUUUUAUGCAGAAAGAAUUUGCUCAAUUUCCGCUUUGCCAUGGAUGGACUCCAGUUAAAUCAGCUCUAGUUAAAUGACAACAACGAGGGUGAGGAGAAUGUGAAUUCUAAAGGUUGUUGAAUCCACAACCUGUAGUCACGCUGCUGCUUUCUAUCUAUAUAGCCUUUGUAUUUUGUUUUGAAAUAAAAUGAAGCUUUGAAUAA